CACUAUGCAGCACAAAGGGGAGAGCAAAGGAAAGCAAAACCAAGGAGCAGACAGGCCCAAAUCUGAAUUUUCUCUGUCUUCAUGGGUCUCAGCUUCCUUUUGGGAGGCAGAAUUUCAUUAUGGGCCUCAUCCUAUAGCAACAAUGGCUGCAGUGGGCGUAUGCCUGAAGAAGAAAUGCAGGCCAAGAUCCUACGUUUCGAGCUGGUUGACAUUUUUUGUUCAAAAGUUUUCUCAAGAAAAAAGUAUAAACCUGACCCAUAUUGAGUCCAGACCUUCCCGAGUCAACAAAGAUGAGUAUGAAUUCUUCAUAAACCUGGAUAGGAGGAAUACUCCUCUUCUCACAGAUAUCAUCAAGACUUUGAGAAACGAAAUUGGAGUGACUGUUCAUGAGCUUUCACGUAAAAAGAAGAAAGAUGCUGUGCCGUGGUUCCCGAGAACUAUCCAGGAGCUUGACAGAUUUGCCAAUCAGAUCCUAAGCUAUGGAGCUGAACUGGAUGCAGACCACCCUGGUUUCAAAGAUCCUGUUUACCGGGCCCGCAGGAAGGAGUUUGCUGACAUCGCCUACAACUACAGACACGGGCAGCCUAUUCCUAAAGUGACUUACACAGAGGAAGAAAAGAAAACGUGGGGCACAGUCUUCAGGGAGCUGAAGACUCUCUAUCCAACUCAUGCUUGCUACGAACACAACCACGUGUUCCCGCUACUGGAAAAAUACUGUGGCUACCGGGAGGAUAAUAUUCCACAACUUGAAGACGUUUCAAAAUUCUUGCAAAGUUGCACUGGAUUCCGCUUACGCCCUGUCGCUGGCCUGCUGUCUUCUCGGGAUUUCCUGGCUGGUUUGGCAUUCAGAGUGUUUCACUCUACACAGUACAUCCGCCAUGGAUCUAAACCAAUGUACACACCAGAACCUGAUGUUUGCCAUGAGCUCCUAGGACAUGUACCUCUGUUUGCUGACAUUAGCUUUGCUCAAUUUUCCCAGGAAAUUGGACUCGCAUCCUUGGGAGCGCCGGAUGAAUAUAUUGAGAAACUUGCUACGGUCUAUUGGUUUACGGUGGAAUUUGGACUCUGUAAAGAAGGUGAUGCAAUAAAGGCCUAUGGUGCUGGGCUGCUGUCUUCAUUUGGCGAGUUGCAGUACUGUUUAUCAGAUAAGCCUGAAAUUCAAUCUCUUAACCUGGAGAAGACUUCAGUCCAGAAAUACCCCGUCACUGAGUUCCAGCCUGUUUACUAUGUUGCUGAAAGUUUUAAAAAUGCAAAGGAAAAAGUAAGGAGAUUUGCUUCAACAAUCCCUCGACCUUUCUCCGUUCGCUACAAUCCAUACACCCAGAGAAUUGAAGUCUUGGACAAUGCAAAGCAGUUGAAGAAUUUAGCUGAGUCCAUCAGCAGUGAGAUGGGAACUCUUUGCAGUGCCCUCAAGAAGAUAGAAUGAAGGUUUUCUCAGCGUCCUCUCUUCCAAGAGCUACUGGCUGACGUGACUAUAUGCAAAUGCCAAUAAUAUUCUAGCUGUUUCACAUUAUCACUCUAUUGAAUGUGUGACUGUUUAUGAUAUAUAUAUACACACAGACACACACAUAUAUAUAUAUAUUACUUAAUUACUAUAGCUUAGCAACAAAAGUGGCUUCUGUGGGUGACUGUGCUCUCUUUGGUUGCAUAUCAUAAUUCUGUUUAAAAUUCACCCCAGCCCAGGUGACUAUCCAUGUCCCGCACAUCUUUUCUGUCUGAAUCCUGGAGGCUGGCAGAAGAGGGAAUCCUUCUCCAUUCACCAGCCUGUGGAGUUACUGCAGCCCUGGUACUGCAUUGCCCCCAUGUCCCAGUGACAAUGUGGCAAUGGCUAGCAGCAGAUUGAACUACCCUGCCACAUCCCUCCUACACUCCCAUCCCCCCCAGCCUGCAGCCAUGCCAGGUUCCCCUGGAGAGCUAAGCUCUGUAUCCCUAGCUAGUACGCAGGCUAUACAUAUCCUAACAAACCAUGUCCCCUACAUAGCAAAUCUGCACCUCUUCCA